AAGAGAUAAGGUUUCCGAGGUCCAUCGCACAGCCACAACUGCAAGCCGCACCGGGUCCCUCUUCUUCAUCGCUUCAGCUGCGCAGACUCCAAAAUGGCAAAGCUGGGCGGUAUCAACACCUCCGCGUGGAGCCUCCGAGGCCCAGCCCUGCAAAAACUCGCCAAUCCCAGGAAACCAUGCGCCUCCGGCUCACGGCCGAGACCUUUACAUCCGCGACGCAGCGACAAGCACGCGGUCUCGGCAGCAUCCACCGGCCAAGGCGAGCAGCAACCUGCCCCUGCCGUCGCGUCGCCGCGGGCUCGGCCCGAUGCCGACACGUUCAGCGUCGAGUUCCUGACGCGCGACGGCUGCCGGCUGGGCAUCUCCCGGUACCCGGACUUCGCUUACAACGCCCAUGGCGGCCGCGGCGUGGGAGCCGGGCGUGGCGCGAGCGGCACGGCGGAGGCGGAUGGCACGGUGCUCGUCGAUUUCGACGUGUCGAGCCUGUACAUCCCGGCAAUGUCUGGCGCCACCACUAGGUUCCUAGGGCUGCCGCUGCCGCCAUUCCUCAAGAUCGACAUCUUGCCCGAGGCUCUGCGCGGGAGCAUUGAUCGGACGACUGGUCAGGUCGACCUGAAGUUCAGGUCGAGGUUCUGUUUCUCGGUUGGGAGCAUCUACCAAGCUCCGCCGUUGUUCGUCGACACAACACUGACGUCUGAGGAGUCCAGUGGAGCCAUAAGACGCGGAACUGGCGAAAGAUUGGACGGCGGAGGGAGAUGCAAGCUGGUCGGGGUGGCCGUCCUCGACCCCAUCGAUGAUGUAUUCAUGAACACCUUCCUCAACCUGCCAACCGAGUGCAUUGCUUAUUUGAACGCCACCAUCUCCAUCGCCAGCGCCUCCUGAUCAUGCCUGUUUCGUGGUCUACAAAUUUCGUGAAACACCUAAAUCACACAAAGGAAGAUCCUUGAGUCCUUGUUGCUCGGGGAAUAAUUAAUUGUACGCAUAAUCUAAGUUCUUGUAUAUAAAUUACCACAUGUGUGUAGUAACGGGGAACACAUUUUGCACAUAGUGCCACAGGGGCCAAAUAUUUUUUAACACAAUAAAAGGAUCAUAUUCUCUCCGGUCC